GGAAAAGGAAGGAACAGGUCCGGCAUGGGUGGUGUGUGUGUCACUGCUCCUUGUUUGCGGCUCACUGGAUGACAUGCUGGUAACAUUUGCCAGCACUCUGGAAUUAUGUCUGCACAGUUAACUCUAAAAGAAACUAUGGACGAGCAAGGCGAGGAUUUAUUCACAGAUGUGGAGAGUGAUGCAUUUGUCAAUGAGAGUCAUGGAGGGAUGGCUUUCCAGCAAAACUUCAGCGCCUGGCCUGGUGCAUUCCAAGUUGCUUGGCCACUUACCAAUCAUCAGGAUUUGGCAAGUGAAACCCAAGACAAUGGGACAAGUGUUGGAGAUGAUAUCGAGGUCUCCCUCUGUGAUUACCAGCAGCAAGGCCGCAGUCGCACAUCAUCCCUAGUAAAUGGGUUACUUACAGAACUCUAUGAUACUUAUCGUGGUGGGACAGGCUAUUGCUAUUUUCGCCAACAGGACAGUGUGGACAGUUCGACUGAAGCAUCUGGAUCAGAUGCCUUCCUGAGCAGGAGCAACCCUGAGUCUGGAUUCCUGCAAGAGCUUAGUGAACGGCAGAGCAGCAGGUACCAGAUGCAGUACCUGAGGCAGAAAGUUUCCAAUGAGUUAAAAGCCAUAAAGGAAGAACUUAAUCAACGCAUUGCAAAUCAGUCUGCUAAACUGCUGCGCCAAGUGAAGCAAAGGGAUAGACUUCAACACAAAGUGCAAAAGAAUUGUGACAUUGUUACUGCAUGUCUACAAGCUGUAUCACAAAAACGCCGAGUGGACACCAAACUGAAGUUUACUCUUGAACCGUCUCUGGGUCAGAAUGGAUUUCAGCAGUGGUAUGAUGCUCUCAAAGCUGUGGCCAGAUUGCCAACUGGGAUACCAAAGGAAUGGAGGAAGAGAGUAUGGCUCACUCUGGCAGAUCACUAUUUACACAGCAUUUCAAUUGAUUGGGAUAAAACAAUGCGCUUCACAUUUAAUGACCGGAGCAAUCCAGAUGAUGACUCAAUGGGAAUACAAAUUGUAAAGGAUCUUCAUAGAACAGGCUGUAGCUCAUAUUGUGGACAAGAGGCAGAACAGGAUCGAGUGGUGCUGAAACGAGUUUUACUUGCCUAUGCCAGGUGGAACAAAACCAUUGGAUACUGCCAAGGAUUCAAUAUACUGGCAGCACUUAUACUCGAGGUUAUGGAAGGGAAUGAAGGAGAUGCUUUAAAGGUAAUGAUUUAUCUCAUAGACAAAGUGCUACCAGACAGCUAUUUUGCCAACAAUUUGCGAGCAUUAUCUGUGGAUAUGGCUGUGUUUCGGGAUCUCUUGAGAAUGAAACUGCCUGAACUGUCCCAGCACCUGGAUGUCCUUCAGAGAACUGCAAACAAAGAAAGCGGAGGAGGUUAUGAGCCCCCUCUUACAAAUGUCUUUACUAUGCAGUGGUUUUUGACACUGUUUGCAACGUGCCUUCCUAACCACACUGUUCUGAAGAUUUGGGAUUCUGUGUUCUUUGAAGGUUCUGAGAUCCUUUUGCGAGUAUCGCUUGCUAUCUGGGCCAAAUUAGGAGAGCAGAUUGAAUGCUGUCAGAAUUCAGAUGAUUUCUACAGUACCAUGGGAAGACUGACUCAGGAGAUGCUUGAAGACAGUCUCAUAGACAGCAAUGAACUAAUGCAGACUGUUUACUCGAUGGCCCAGUUCCCAUUCCCACAGUUGGCAGAACUGAGAGAAAAAUACACAUAUAAUAUAACACCUUUCCCAGCACCUGUUAAGUCAGCAUCAUUUUCUGGGCGCACAAGCAAAAUGCGAGACAGCGAUGAAGAAAAUGAAAUCGAUGAAGAUGAUGUAAAUGCUAAUUCUGUUGGUUGUCUUGGACCAUUCAGUGGCUUUCUGGCUCCAGAACUACAGAAAUACCAGAAGCAGAUCAAAGAUCAUAAAGAAGAUCAGAGCCUGAAAGCUAGCAAUAUUGCUGAACUGAGUCCAGGAGCAAUUGAUUCCUGCCGGAGUGAAUAUCACGCAGUGUUUAAUAGCAUGAUGAUGGAGCGCAUGACCACCGAUAUCAAUGCCCUUAAGCAGCAGUAUUCCAGGAUUAAGAAAAGACAACUUCAGCAAAUUAACCAAGUGUACAUUGCAGCAGGGCAUGAAGAAGAAAAAGCCCCUGGGAUCCCAUUAGAUCCCAGGCAUCAGCAGAAUACUGACAAAGGUCCUGUGAGCUGUAUUCUGCCAUCUCAGGUUAAUCAGUCUCCGGUCAUUAAUCAUUUAUUACUUGGUAAGAAACUGAAGCAAGUAAAUAGGUCUAAAAAUGUUGUCCAUUUGCCAGCAUCCAAAUCAUCCCUCCUGGCCAAUGAAGAAACCAAAGCUAAACAGAACUCUCCCUGGCGUACCCAUAUAAGAGUUCAUCGAAAAAACAUUGCAAGGGCCAAAGGAGAGCUUGCCCAUGGGGACACCAUAGGACUUAUAGAGGAGCAGAACGAGGUCCCCAAAGAUCAAACAGAUACCUCAAAAGAAACUGAGGAAAUUGCACAGCCUCCUUGCUCCUUGGCAGGGGAAGAAACAGGCUUGGACAGAACUGUUAUGAAGGUUGAUGGCCGCUCUCCAGAGCCUGUUUACCAGGAUGAAAAUGCAAAUGUAACUGUUGUGCAGAGCAAGCUAGAGGCUCUGGAGCUGAGCCCAGAUGCUAAAACAGAAGUCAGUUUAGAAAUGAGUCAGACAUUCCAGGAGUCGCAAUCUGAUUCCCAUAGUUCCUCUAGUGAAAGUGAAUCUUUAAAGAAAUCUCCCAAGGCGCAAGUAUUUAGCCCUUUCCCAAGUGUCAAACCACUUCGAAAAUCUGCCACAGCCAGAAAUUUGGGUUUGUAUGGGCCAAACAGUAGAACACCAACUGUACACUUCCCACAUAUGAGCAAAACCUUCAACAAAGCUGCAAAUGGUACCACUGGCAGCAAGAAGCGAUAACAUGCUGUUAGUUUUCUAUGCUUAUCAGAGACAUUGUUCUUUUCCUUCAUAGGCCUGAAGCCUUUGUUCUUUCAUCCAUUUCAUGGCAACGUGGCUAAGUUUGGUGUUUUUGGUGGUGCAGAGUUGUGGUUCUUUGUAAUCCACCUAUGGGAUAUGGGACUUGUAGGUGGCAUUUAAUAUAGGUUGCAUCUCUGAAAGAUAAUUGUUGAACUAUGCAUCAUUUGGAAAAUAUUUUUCUCAAAAAUACAGUACAUGUGUAUCAUGUAUAUUAAUGGGUGGAAAUUGACACUCUUUUCUGAGUGUGGUACGGUCCAUUCACUAUUUAUGGCACAUUUCAACUUUAAAAUGGACUUUAUUAAGAUUUUUCAAAUGUAUGUACAUGUUAUAGGAGUGCUUGCUGCAGAAACUGCUUGCUAUCGUAUCAGACAACAUGCUAGAGCACAACAGUGUAUGGCAUGAGAGGCCUGAAAGUUAUCUCUGUGGCCAGUAAAAAUUUCAGUUCUUAUAGACUAGUAAACUGCAUUUCAUCUGGCUUUGUUACAUAUACACAUCCUGCAUGUGUAUAUAUAUAUAUAUAUAUAUAUAUAUAUAUAUAUAUACAUGCACAACAUUGCUAGGCUUUGCUAUCUAGGGAUAACAUUGAUCAAUUGUAUCUGAAAAUCAUGCUCGUUGUCAUAAAUUUGCUGUAUAUGCACACACAUUCACACACAUUUUCUGUAUUUGUUUUACCAUGAACCUAUUACGGAAAUAGAAAGUAAUUAACAUUUUUGGAAACCUGUAUUUCUGAGGAUUUUUCCCAGAGGCAAAUAUGAUAUAAUAUUACAAUAUUGCACUUUGAUUGAACAGUAAAAUAUUCUUGUUGUUAUUAUAUUACAUGCUAUUUCAUUUACAGUGAUGCAGAAUUAAGAUGGUCAUGUCCUUUGAUUAUGUAAUGAUGAGUUUUGGAAGACUAUAUUGAGAUGUUUCCUGGGACAUGAUGUGCAUUGUCAUGUGUCUUUAACCUCACUGAGCUUGGAACGUGCCAUUAUUUAUUUCAGGUUUCAGAAGGUAGGGUUGUACACUGCUGCAUAUGGGAAUGCUUGCCUCAGUUAUGCAUGCAUUAUUUUGCAUCUUGUGCUCCUGUGGUCAGACAUAUUAUUGGAAAGAGUCUUCUAGAAUACAGAUAUGUUCUUGGUAAUCUUGAGUCUAUGUUCACUUAAAAACUCUGCGGGUGGAAUUUCAUUACCUGGAAAACGUCAUCUGUCUCCACCACUGUGUUUCCUCCGUCCUCUCAUAGUCACAGUGCCAAAAUGCAUGGUGGAAACUAAACAUGGUGAUCUGUGUCACAGCUUAUGUUUUUGUCUGGCCUGUCCAAGCACUUGGUAAUAAAGUACCUAAGCAUCUUU